AUGGAAAAGUCAUACACCCUUCUUUCUGAUUUGAAAGCCGGGAGAUGCUUUAACGCUGUGGAGGUUCGUUUGCUGAGGUUCUGGGAGGCUAGAAAUGUGAGGAAAGGUGGUGAGUUGAUGAGUGUUGAUCUGCUUUUCGUCGAUGAAAAUAGCAGCUUUGAUGUCACACGCAGCAACACAAAUUUCCGUCUGUGUGAUGCCCCAUUCACAAUUCGGUUCACUGAUGCCACCAAAUUCGAGAAGAAAACCGAUAUACCUCUGGAAAUCUUCAGAUUCUUCCCAUACAAUCAGCUUCUUGACUUGGCCAACACCGGCAAGCAACUGCCUGAUGUUAUUGGUGAGGUGAAUUCAAUCAGGAGCACAAUCACUAACCGUAGAGCAGGUUCUCAGCGUGUGAUGCUUACUCUGCGCCUGCAUAGUGGUGAGAACGUUCGUGUUAGCAUGUUUGAUUCAAUGGCUCUAGCGUUCCAUUCAAAGUUUGACGGGUAUGAGAAAGAACCCAAAAUUGUCCUUGUCACAAGCGCCAAUCCUAAAAUAGUUGGAGGCCGUCUAUUUUUGAAUGCAACUUCCGAGACACACCUCUACUUCGACUCUGAGAACGCUGUUGGGAAGGAAGAGUAUAACACUUUGGUUGGUGAGGGAUCAUCCCAAUCAGGUUCUUCAUCCAAGAUCGUGCAUGCCCAAAAGAUUGAGCCACUGACGGUUUCUGAGCUUAACAACUUCAUCAACACUGCUGACUCUCAAAUUAUUGAGUUCCUCUGCACGGCUAAAAUUACUGGCAUCCAGCAGGAAGACGGUUGGUCAUAUAUUGGUUGUUCCAAGUGGUACAAGAGGCGUUUUCUUUGUCCUCGUGGAAUUGGUGUUGAUGCUCGGGUUGACACCGACUUGCCUCGGUCCCUGGCUGAUAUCGUCGGAAAAACCUACACCUUCCAGCUCAAAUUGAAUGAUUUCAAUUUCACAUCAAAGCACCAGACUUUCACAAUUUCCCGCAUCUUCCCUGAGCGUGCGCUUGCACCUAUGGCAGCUUUUGUUGAGCAUGGACGUCCAAAUGUCACUCAAGAGCAGGUGCCUCCGACUGUGGCUACAGGAACAGUUGCUGAUUUAGUUAGGUCAGUUUUGUCUGAUACUACAAUUGCUGAGAGUUCGGCAUCAAGGAAAGAUGAAGAUGCUACUGGUAAGAAGACAAGGAAGAAAGAAUGA